AUGUCGCCAGUCGGCUUGGCGUUCGUUGGAUUGAUCUCCGUCGCCCUGGCCAAGCCGGGCAUCCUCUCCUCGCCUCUCAUCGCUACCCUGACACCUGGGGCACCCGUCGGACCUGAUGGCAGAGUCCUGGAUACCCCUGAAGUCGCUAUUGCCAAAGCUGAACACGCUGCUGCCCAACUGAACGAAAGGAUCAGCCUGGCUAAUGAGGCUGCCAGGUCCUCUCUAGCUCCGCUGCAACCUGCCGUGAUCAAUCCAGCGUCGGUGGUAGUUGGUGCACCUGCUGCUGUUCUAAUACCUGGUGCGCCGCUUGGACCUGAUGGUAGGGUCGUCGACACCGCAGAAGUCGCUGUGGCUAAGGCUGCCCAUGCUGCUGCCCAGGUCAACGAGAGGAUCAGUCUGGCUAAUGAGGCUGCUAGGUCUGUCGCGGCGGAUUUGACCAGGCCACUGGUGGUGGGUGUAUCAACAGUCCCCGGAGCAACGGUAGGUCCCGACGGAAGAGUACAAGACACACCGGAAGUGGCAGCAGCCAAGGCAGCUCACGCAGCCGCACAGAUUAACGAGAGACUCAACCUGGCCAACGAAGCAGUCAGAUCUUCAGCAACCAUCGUGACCUCUGCACCAGCCGUGUCAGUGCCGCUGGUAAGCAACGCUGUGCUCGUUCCUGGCGCACCCAUUGGUCCUGACGGACGAGUCCAGGACACAGCGGAAGUUGCUGUAGCGAAAGCCGCACACGUAACCGCCCAUUUGAACGAAAAAUUGAAUCUAGCCAACGAGGCAGCCAAAUCCGCGGAUGUCCUCGCUGUCGCUGGGCCUGCUCUAGCUUACGGAAGGCUUGUUUAUUGA